GGUAGUAGUAGUAAUAGUAAUAGUGGUGGUAGUAGUAGUAAUAGUAGUAGGAGUAGUAUUGGUGGUGGUGGUAGUAAUGGUGGUAGUAAUAGUAGUAAUAGUGGCAGUAGUAGUUAUAGUAGUAGUAGCAGUGGUGGUAGCAGUAGUAGUACUAGAAGUAGUAAUAGUAUAAUGGUAGUAGUAGCAAUAGUACCAGUAGUGGUAGCAGUGGUGACAGUAGAAGUAGCAUUUACCAAAAAAAGCAAUAAUAGAGAAAACAGAGUACCAGUCUUGAGUGCUAAGAAGACCUGGGUUCAAAUCCCACCAUAGGCUGGGACCCUAAAUAAGCAACUCUAAGUUGCUCUAGGUAAGUCUGUAAAACUAUUGUACAGAAGUUGCUGACUUACAUUGACAGAAGUAAUUUCAUUUUUAGUUUCCUAGACCAGUGAAAUGAUAGGUCCUGGCUUUGUCUCUGCUAUUUACCAGGGCAGGUUGUUGUUAUUCAGUUGUUUUAGUUGUGUCCAACUGUUUGUGGCCCAAUUUAGGAUUGUCUUGGCAAAGAUACCAGAGUAAUUUGUCAUUUCCUUCUCAUUUUAUAGAUGAGGGAAUUGAGGCAAAUAGGAUUAAGUAACUCGUCAUGGGUCACGUAGCUAGUACAUGUCAGAGGCUAGAUCUGGAAGAUUGAGGUCUUUAUGACUCCAAGUCCAGUGCUUUUAUCUAUUGUACCACCUAGCUUCCUGGAAGGAGUAAUGUUGAAAGUCAGAUUCAGAUGGAGUUGAGGAACAUAUUUAAAAAAAAAAAAAAAAAAAAGGAAAGGCAUUUUAUUUAGGAAGAAUGGUCAAGACAGAGCCAAGAUAUCAGGAAGAAAUCAAAAAGUUGCCUGAGCCCUCCCCAGUUUCCCUCAAGUCUCUAAACAGAUCCUGGAGCAACAGAACCCAUAAAAAGACAGAGUAAAACAAUUUUCCAGUUUAAGAUAACUUAGAAAGACAUUAGCAAAGAUCUGGGGUCCUCAAAAUACGGCCUGCUGGCCAGAUGCAGCAGCUGAGGACAAUUAUCCCCCUCACCAGGGCUAUGAAGUUUCUUUAUUUAAAGGCCCACAAAAGAAAGUUUUUGUUUUUACUAUAAUCCGGCCCUCCAACAGUUUGAGGGACAGUGAACUGGCCCCCUAUUUAAAAAGUUUGAAGACCCCUGAAUUCUAUCUCAUUUGAUUAAAAAGAGGAGAACAGCUCAACUCAGGCUUGUCCAAGCAAGCCAGAUGGAGACUUUUAAGCCACAGCGCAGAUCCGCAACUGAGACUCUUCAAUUCUAGCUCAGCAGGCUAGUGGCACAGCAGACGGGCUGUAAAAACCCCAACUCCAAAACAAAAGGCAAAUUGCUGAUCUCAGAACGCCAGUACAAAAAGUGUGACUAGGCUGAGCCACCCCAGGGCAGUGGGCAAGUGGCAAGCAUCUCAGGCCCCAGCAUGGAAAGCCAGUGACCAGGCUUCUGGCCCAUAGCACAAGAAGCUUGGGACAGUACCUCCAGCAGUAGUCCUCUAUUUAAAAAAAAAGAGUCCUAACCAUAGAAAGCUACUAUAGCAACAGGGAAAAUCAAAUUUAAAACUUAGAAGAGCACAACAAUGUCAAAAUGACUACAUGUGAAACCUCAAAGGGGAAUACAAAUUGCUCUCAAGUCUAAAAAGUAUUUUUUGAAGAAAUCAGAAAAGCUUUUAGAAUUGGAUAAUAAGAAAGAAGAAAAAUUGGGAAAGGACAUAAGAGUUAUGCAGGAGAAUUAUGGGAAAAAAAAAGAAUUAACAACUUGGAAAAGGAAGCAUAAAAAUUGACUGAAGAAAACACCUCCUAAAAAAUAGAAUUGACCAAGUAGGGAAAAUAUCCAUUGGCUAAAUGGGAAAGACAAUUCCUUUAAAAGUAGAAUUAACCAAAUGGAAAGAAGGUUCAAAAAUAACUGAAGGAAAAAAUUCCUUAAAACUUAAAAUUUGAUGAGUGGAAACUAAUGACUCAAUGAUAACAUCAGGAAUCAGUUAAACAAAAUCAAAAGAAUAAAAAGAUAAAAUAAAAUGUAAAAUAUUUCAUUGGAAUAACAAUUAUCUGGAAAAUAGAUUCAGGAGAGAACAUUUUUAAAUUACUGGAAAAUAUUGAAAAAACCUGAAAGCCAUGAUCCAAAAAAAAAAGUCUGGGAAACAUCUUUUAAGAAAUUAUCAAGUAUAAUUGCCCUGAUAUCCUAGAAGCAGAGGGUAAAAUAGUCAUUGAAAGAAUUCUCCCAUCACCUCCUGAAAAAGACCACAAAAUGAAAACUCCAAGGAAUAUUACAGCCAAACUCCAGAAUUAUUAGGUGAAAAAGAAAAUAUUGCAAACAACCAGAAGGAAACUAAGCAAAUAUCGAGGAGUCAUAGUCAGGAUUACACAGAAUUUAGCAUCUUCUACCUUAAAGGAUCAGAGGGAUAUUCCAAAAGGCAAAGGAGCUGAAAUUGCAAACAAGAAUCAACCCCAGCAAAAUUGAGCACAACUUUCAGGGAAAAAUAGACAUUCAAUAAAGUGGGAGUCUAACUUUUCUGAUGAAAAGACCAGAGCUGAACAGAAAAUUCAAUCUUCAAAUGCAAGACUCAAGAGAAGCACAAAAAGGUGUUGCUGCUCUGGAUUCCAAUGUCUCUGGAAAAAUCGGUUUACGAGCUGUUGUAUAUUAUUUCUGCACUACGGUCAUUGCUGUCAUUCUUGGUAUCGUGCUGGUGGUAAGCAUCAAGCCUGGUGUGUCCCAGAAAGCUGAAGAGUUUGAUAGGACAGGCAGCACCCCUGAAGUCAGUACAGUAGAUGCCAUGUUAGACCUGAUCAGGAAUAUGUUCCCAGAGAAUCUCGUCCAAGCCUGUUUUCAGCAGUACAAAACCAAACGUGAGGAGUUGAAGCUUUCAGAUGAACCAGAGAUGAAUACCACAAGAGAAUCUGUGACAGCUGUCAUGACGACUGCCCUAUCCAAAAACAAAACAAAAGAUUACAAAAUAGUGGGCAUGUAUUCAGAUGGCAUAAAUGUCCUGGGCUUGAUUGUCUUUUGCCUUGUAUUUGGAAUCGUGAUUGGGAAAAUGGGAGAAAAGGGCCAAGUUCUGGUGGAUUUCUUCAACGCACUCAAUGAUGCUACCAUGCAAAUCGUUCAGAUCAUCAUGUGGUAUAUGCCACUGGGCAUUAUAUUUCUGAUUGCUGGGAAGAUCAUUGAAGUUGAAGACUGGGAAAUAUUUCGCAAACUGGGGCUGUAUAUGGCCACGGUGCUUAGUGGGCUUGCCAUACAUUCCAUUGUAAUCCUCCCACUUAUAUACUUGUUAAUUGUAAGAAAGAACCCUUUCCGGUUUGCCAUGGGGAUGGCUCAAGCUCUGCUCACAGCCCUCAUGAUCUCUUCCAGCUCAGCAACACUACCUAUUACCUUUCGCUGUGCAGAAGAAAAAAACCAAGUAGACAGGAGAAUCACCAGAUUUGUUCUGCCCGUUGGUGCAACAAUCAACAUGGAUGGAACUGCCCUCUAUGAAGCAGUCGCUGCUGUGUUCAUUGCACAACUCAACAAUUUGGAUCUGGACAUUGGACAAAUAAUCACCAUUAGUGUCACAGCAACGGCUGCCAGUAUUGGAGCUGCGGGAGUGCCCCAAGCGGGCUUAGUCACCAUGGUCAUCGUACUGAGUGCUGUUGGCCUGCCAGCUGAAGACGUCACCCUCAUCAUUGCUGUUGACUGGCUUUUGGACCGGUUCAGGACCAUGGUGAAUGUCCUUGGUGAUGCAUAUGGAACAGGAAUUGUAGAGAAGCUUUCUAAAAAAGAACUGGAGCAAAUGGAUGUCACAUCUGAAGUCAACAUUGUGAACCCCUUUGCCUUGGAAUCCACAAUACUUGAUAAUGAAGAUGCAGAGACCAAGAAAUCUUAUGUCAAUGGAGGCUUUGCCAUAGACAAAUCUGACACUAUCUCAUUUACUCAAACAUCACAGUUCUAGAGCCCCUUUCAUACCCAGGGCUGGGAACAUUUCAGGACAUCACCACAAGAGGGAUCUCUCAGCAAAUUAAAACAUAAUUAAGAGGGGAGGGAAGCAAUUAGCCAACCUGAGUGCUUUUGAUUUGAUAACAAGACUUCCAGAUUAUUUUCUAUAUUGGAUGUUCAACUCUUGCUCAGAAAGCAGAAGAAGGAGAGGGAGAGAAAGGGGUAAAAGGAAUGAUUAAGAGAGAAGUUGAAUUAUCUGCAUUUUUUUAAAAAAAUUAUCACUAAUGGAAUUUGAAAGUAUGUAAACCAGUGACUGUUGGAAUCACAAUCAUAAAAUGAAGCAAAGAUUGUUCAAUUUUCUCGGGCAUAGUUCAAUUCUUCGCUUUUUUUUUUUUUUACUCUUCUGCCAUUCUGAGCCCAGGACUUCAUUUGAACUCUAUUUUGAUAUGUGUUUCCUUUUGCUUAACACAUUCUUUUUUUUUUUUUCCUUUUUUGGCAGAUUAUACUGUAUCCAAAUGGUCCACUGGAUAAUGUGCCAAACUAUCCAUUUUGCACUUUUGUCUGAAGCAAAAUACUUUGGAAAGAAAACAGACUGUCACAGUACUGCAAUAAACACUUUAAGAUGGGGGAGAGGGUAGUGGUGGUCUUGUUUUGUGUUUUAAAAGUACUGUAUUGGAAAUCUAGGAACAAUUAAUACCACCACCACCACCACCACCACCAUGUUCAUUAUCUAUUAUAUACAAUUUUUUUCAUAGAGUUGCCAGAGGACAGAAUUGAACUGUCAAUGUGAAAUCAAUAUUUUCCUUGUUCUUCAAAAGCAACAACAAAGCCACUGUUAAUAAGCUUGGGUAGCUUGUGAGAACUUCUUCAUCAGGGGCACAGAAGAAAAAAGUGAGUCUGGCUCUUACAGUACCAUCUUAUGUACCAGCCCCAGGACAGAUGGAGGGAAUAAAGCCAAUGCUUUAGGACUUCCAGAACUUAGCUGCUAGAGAGAAAAAUCCCCUCAUCUCUGCUCUGUAGAAGAUAAUAAGACAGUAUACCACCAAGCCACUCACAGACUAGAUAAAUUCCACCAUCUUUGUCUUUUUGCUUCCAUCCAGGCCUGAAUGAAAGGGUUUCAAACUGCAUCAGCCAAGCUGUAUUUUAUUAAAUGUCCUGGACUGAACAAAUCUCAAGGACCAAAAAAGGACUUGUGCCUAUGAUGGACUUCCACAGAGAAGGAGCUCCAUAGUGUUCAACGUUUGUAUGCAAUACCCCAAGGGAGUCUCUUCCAUUCUUUGAUCCUCAUUAUUCUCCCAUGGGGAGCUGUCCAGCUCUAGUGGUCAUCAUUCUUCUGAAGCAUAAGGAAGCUCAUGCUUUGACUGUUCUCCAUUUGUAAAUAAUGCUUAGCAUAAACUGCACUUACACUGUUGUCCAAGAUAAUCAAGUUUCUGCAGUAUUAGUCCAUUUCAACCUACACUUUUGUAUUUAAGAAAAUCAGGAAAUGUGCCAAAGAAACAAUGACAAGAAAAAUAAAUGUGGGUAUAGACUGACUGCACCUUAAAUUAAGUUUGUAAGAUUAAAAAAAUGCUGUAUGUAAUCCCAGCCCCAGAAAAUCUCCAGUGUGAUGCUCUGUGAAUUUUAGAAUCUCAGUAUCGGUGUUGUUUAUAUGAAAUAAAACUCUCUCUCUAAACAAAGAAAA